AUGGUACCAGGCAAUGAUACAGGAAUUUCAGAAUUUAUUCUGCUGGGAUUUUCAGAUGAACCACAACUGCAGCCCCUCGUAUUUGGGCUUUUUCUCUCCAUGUACCUGAUCACAGUGUUUGGAAAUCUGCUCAUCAUCCUGGCCAUCAGCUCAGACUCCCAACUCCACACUCCCAUGUACUUCUUCCUCUCCAACCUGUCCUUUGUAGACAUCUGUUUCACCUCCACCACCAUCCCAAAGAUGCUGUGGAACAUCCAGACUCAAAGCAAAGUCAUCACCUAUGAAAGUUGCAUCAUGCAGAUGUAUUUUUUCUUAUUAUUUGCAGGAUUGGAUGCCUUCCUCCUGACUGUGAUGGCCUAUGACCGAUUUGUGGCCAUCUGCCACCCCCUGCACUACACUGUCAUCAUGAACCCGCGGCUCUGUGGACUGCUGGUUCUGGUGUCUUAUAUUAUGAGUUUCCUGUAUUCCUUGUUACAAAGCUUAAUGGUAGUGCAGCUGACCUUCUGUCCAGGCAUGGAAAUACCCCACUUUUUCUGUGAAUUCAAACAAAUUAUCCAACUUGCCUGUUCUAACACCUUUGUUAAUAACACCAUUAUGUAUUUUGCAGUUGGGCUCUUUUGUGGUGCUCCAUUCACUGGGAUAUGUUACUCAUAUUCUAAAAUAGUUUCUGCAAUACAAGGAAUCCCAUCAACUCAGGGGAAGUAUAAGGCAUUUUCUACCUGUGCAUCACAUCUCUCCAUUGUUUUCUUAUUUUAUGGUACAGGUUUUGGAGUUUACCUUAGCUCUGCUACUACUCACAGCUCACACUCAGUUGCAACAGCCUCGGUGAUGUACACUGUGGUCACACCCAUGCUGAACCCCUUCAUCUAUAGUCUGAGGAAUAAAGACAUAAAGAGAGCUCUAAAAAUAUCCUUUGGGAUGGCAACUAUAAAAGGGCCAAUUUUCUUGGGGCUAAAGAAGUGUUAG